CUUUCCUCUCCCCAACUCUGUUCGCGUCGACUUUCUGUUUUGCAGUGAUUUGAUUGCUUGCUCCCAGCUAUGUGAUUUGGUUCGGACACACCUCGCCUGCACCACCACUGAUUGUCCUCUUCAUCUUCAUCACCAAAAGAGAAAGCAGACGGCUCCAGUGAGUUGUGCUGCCGUCGCUCUCCAGGGAGGAAGAUGUCCGCUGGCUUCCCCGGGCCGGAGCCAGUUUAGGAAGAUCUUUUUUUCCCCACAGAGUUUCGUUAGGAAAACACCAACGUUUUGUUGCGCUUUGUGCCGUUGUCUUUUAACUUAAGAGACAACUGUCAGAGUCGGGCCCCCCCUCUCAAACACGGAGCUGCAUGGCUGUGAACCAGUGCCUUGGACGUUUUACGUCAAGUUCUGUCGUGCCAGGCCAAGGCGAGGGCGGACUGGAGAUGCCUUCAGGCUAAGAGAGCUAACGUCUGGACCAGGGCUAGACCGCAAAACACAGACUGCUUAGCACCAGUAGGAUCUUGGUGUGCUUUGUUUUUAAGACCCUCCUCAUACCGCCGGUGUGAACUAGAAAGGGCAGCUACACGAUAUGCCGAAAUAGCGGUUACUUUGUUAAGUUAGCUUGUUGUUUGAAUCUUAAGUUAUCUUGUAACGGCGCGACGUUAAGCUAGCAAAGUUAGCUGUGCAGCUUCUGUAUCAUAACAACACAAGCCAAAUGUCUAGUGAUUGUUCACUGACACAAAACACUGCAGGGAAGGUUGUCUGUCAGCACUAAUACACUAUGAUAUAUUAAAAUAAAAGUGUCUUUCUGAAGUAUUUAACACAGCCUAGGUGGGUGGACAAACAUGAGCACUAACUAACUAGCACCAAACGAAAAGAGGGGGUGAUAACAGGACUGACUGCUAUUUGAGCAUCUCAACUAAAGAAGUUAAAUUUGGGGUGUUUUUAGCACCUGCUUAAACUUGUAAGUCACAACAACGAGGAAAGGCAGCCGCUCAACCUGAUGACCAUGGAGGGAAAUGUACAACAACAGAAAACAACUCAAUUAGCCCGGGAACUGAUGAGGGUAUUUAACAGCUACAACAAGCACACCGUGCAGCUGAAGAAGAACCUGAAGGAAACUAACGCAUUCUUCCGGGAAAUAAGGCAAAAUUACAGCAAUGCUUGUGCAUCAACCAUGAGCUCGGAUUCUCUGGAGGCAGGACAGCUUAGCUGCAUCUCUUUCCCAAGCCAUGAGGAAGAGUUCCUACGUAACACUGUGGGUGCUGCCCCGAACAUUGUGGUACUAGGCCAAGACUGUGCUGCCCGCUACCAGCUGCUCAACUGCCUUCUGGGGGAGAGGCUGCUGCCGCUAGGCCCAGAGGCCGGAGAGGCUUGUGAAGGAGUCCAGGGCACUGUCUGCAAGAGGCGGAAGCUGUGCUUCACCCAUGGGAGGCAGACAAGGCUCAGCUUGGCGCUGCCUGGCCAGUAUGAGCUGGUGCACCAGCUUGCGGCUAACUGUGGCCGCUGGGAUACAGUGCCCCGGGAAGACUUGGAGAUCCAUGAGGAAUGUGAGGACCCAGCCCACAGGCUGGCAGAGCUGGAGAUCACCCUGCAUCACCCACUGCUACAGGGUUUCUCCCGUGUUUCCAGGCCGUCACCCGGCCCCCUCCCGUUCAGUUGUUACUCAAGGGAAACUCUGGAAGCAAAGGUCAUGGUGGUACCUUGUCCGAGUGUCCAGCCCAUAGAAGAGGCCCUUGAAGACUGCACUCGCAACGUGGUCCCCAUCAUACUCUAUGCCAUCAACCAGGACUCCCUAAGCACAGAGCAGGUGACUGAGCUCUGGAAGGUUAAAGAGAUGCUCCCCUUUCCCAUCUGUUUUGUUCGUAUCCCUGACAUCAUGCAAGCAGCCUCCCCAGAACCCGGCCGCCAAGCGGAAAAGGAAAAGGAGAGGGAGAAGAGCGCCCUCCAUAAGCAGCUACUCUCCCUUGGAUUCCUCAGUAGCCCAACAGGAAAGUGCUCCUGUGGUGCCCCUACACAGAUGCCCACCCCGGGUGCAAAGCCCCAGAGCAUGCUGGGUGAGGCUUUCGAAAGACUGCAUCGGUUGCUGGUGCCUUUUGCUCGCCAAGUGCUUCAAAACCAGCAGGUAGAGGCUGCCAACCUGCUUAAUGGGCUUCACUGUCGCUGUCUAGAUCUUUUCAUCAACCAGGCCUUUGACAUGCAGAGGGACCUGCAGAUAACACCCCGCAGGCUGGAGUACACCCGUGAGAAAGAGGGUGAACUCUUCACCUCCCUCAUGGCCAUCGCAAACCGCAAACAGGAAGAGAUGAAGGAGAUGAUUGUGGAGACGCUUAGCAGCAUGAAGGAGCAGCUGCUGGAGGAUGCUGCGAACUUGGAGUUUACAGACAUCAUUGUAACAUCUAAUGGAGAACCAGUUACGUCGAGGGACAUCAAAUCUUGCAUCCACCAGAUCCAAGAGCUGAUAGUGGUUCGUUUGAAUCAGGCCGUGGCGAAUAAGCUGAUCAGCUCUGUGGACUAUCUGAGGGAGAGCUUUGUAGGAACUCUGGAGCGAUGCCUCAACAGUCUAGAGAAGUCAAACUUCGAGUCUUCUGUCCACAAUAUCACUUCUAAUCAUCUCAAACAGUUAUUAAAUGCUGCCUAUCAUGUGGAAGUCACCUUUCAUUCAGGAUCCUCGGUCACAAGACUUUUCUGGGAGCAAAUCAAACAGAUAAUCCACAGGAUAACGUUUGUGAACCCUCCUGCCAUCACUCCAGAGUGGAAGCGGAAAGUGGCCCAGGACGCCAUUGAAAGUCUCAGCGCUGCCAAACUGGCCAGAAGCAUCUGCUCCCAGUUCAGAACUCGCCUCAACAGUUCCCACGAGGCCUUUGCAGCAUCCCUGCGCCAGCUGGAGGAAGGCCACACGGGGCGUCUGGAGCGCACUGAGGACCUGUGGCUGCGUGUGAGGAAGGACCACGCCCCUCGGUUAGCCCGCCUGUCUCUGGAGAGCCGCUCCCUCAGGGAUGUGCUGCUGCAUGGUAAGCCAAAGCUCGGGCGAGAGCUGGGUCGGGGGCAGUACGGAGUUGUGUACUUGUGUGACAGUUGGGGGGGACACUACCCAUGUGCCUUGAAGUCCGUGGUACCGCCUGAUGAUAAACACUGGAACGACCUGGCUCUGGAGUUUCACUACACAAGGACCCUGCCCAAGCAUGAGCGGCUCGUCGACCUGCAUGGCUCUGUGAUUGAUCACACCUACGGAGGCGGCUCCAGCAUCGCCGUGCUGCUCAUCAUGGAGCGGCUGCACAGAGACCUCUAUACAGGCUUGAAGGCUGGUUUAUCGCUGAGGGAGAGACUUCAGAUCGCUCUGGACGUGGUGGAGGGGAUCCGCUUCCUGCACAGUCAGGGCCUCUUGCACAGAGACAUAAAGCUAAAGAAUGUUCUGUUGGACAAACAGAAUCGUGCAAAGAUCACCGACCUGGGCUUCUGUAAACCGGAGGCCAUGAUGUCCGGCAGCAUCGUUGGGACCCCCAUCCACAUGGCUCCAGAGCUGUUUACAGGAAAGUAUGAUAACUCUGUGGAUGUCUACGCCUUUGGGAUCCUUUUCUGGUACCUGUGCACGGGUUCAGUGAAACUCCCAGAAGCCUUUGAGAAGUGCUCCAGUAAGGACCAGCUCUGGAAUAACGUUAAAAAAGGAGCCAGGCCCGAGCGGUUGCCCAGUUUUGAUGAGGAAUGCUGGCAGCUGAUGGAGGCGUGCUGGAACGGAGACCCUUCCCAGAGGCCCCUGCUCGGUAUUGUGGAGCCCGGCCUACAAAGCAUUAUGGUCCGGCUCUGCAACUGUGGCUCGGAGCAGAAAAGCAGCAGCCUCGAGGACUCAAACUGAAAACAGUCCAGACAAACGAACACACCUGUGAUAGGGAUUCUGAUCAGGAAAGUAUUUUUCUUGUAUUUAUGACGAACGAAGAUGAAGAGAGAAGAACAGGUGACCAGUGAAUAAUGUUGGAGCUAUCCUCCUUGUUCACAGUUGUUGGAUUUACAUUAUUUAUGAGGAAUUGAUACAGACCAGAAGUUUGCAAAUAUGUGUGUGUGUGUGUGUUUUAAUUGUUUGUUCAUUGUGUAUUUGUAUACAAAACUCUACAAAAUGCUUUUGUUGUAGCUGCUGUGCUAAUUGCUACUUGUCCUAGAAUUGUUACUAGAUGCAAAUUGUUUUAAAGUAGUCCAUUCCCAAUGUUAUGAAUAUAUAUAAAAGAUUAAUUUUAGAUUGUAUUUAAACGAAACAUGUCUGCAUCUAUACAAGUACAUCUUUUUUAAUAAAAUGAUGGUGCAACUCA